AGAACUCGUUUCAUUGGAGUAUUCCGGAGCAAAUCCGAUGCCGCAGAUGCGGUUUCGAGGGAACAGGCCGUCACGGAACAGGCCGAGAUUUGUGAGCGACUUUUGAAAAGCGUGAAAAAAGAGGUGAAACAAAUCAUGGAAGAGGCUGUGACGAGGAAGUUCGUGCAUGAAGAGAGUAGCAGUAUCACUUCACUUUGCGCUGCUGUAGACGCGUGCCUUUCUCACGGUCUCCGCCGUCGGGCGUUGGGCUUGUUCAAAACCCAUUCGACGACGGCUCUGCUCCAGAAAAUCGCUAAAAGCUUCUCGCCAGCAUACGAAGUAGUGCAAAUUGUCGAACGCAUCGAGCAUAUCCAAGACGGGAACAAACGGUCGUCAUCAUCCGGAGAUAGCACCACCGGGACCCCUCAGCGGAACGCCAGCAUCGGCAAACGUCCCGCGGCGAGUAUAAGAUACUUGUGGAUCCGCAUUGCCUUGUUCGAAAAACAUUUGACCAAAAUUGUCGAUUAUCUCGUUGAGAAUGCAAGCAAAUAUUAUGAGAAGGAUGCUCUGGUUGCCGAUCCCGUGUCAGGCCAAAUUCUCGCCUCAUUACUAGUGGGUCCAUGCGCUCUCGACUAUACUAGGAUGAAAACUCAGGAUCACUUCUGGACGGAUCCCCCGGCAGAUGAACUUGUGCAGCGGCAUAAACUUAGUAAUCCCAUGACGCCAUCCCAAAAGACUUCGCACCCAACGCCUUCGACACCUCCCACGACGAGCAAACGACCCACGCUCAGCUAUCGACGAGCCGCAGGGAGCAGUUCGGAGGACUCGGUGUCGCGCUACCAUUCCGCGGGAAGUCUCGGGUCCUCUGUGGGUGUCAGUCAGGCCAGGGACUACGUGGAAAGUCUCCAUCAAAAUCCUCGCUCCACGCUCAUCUAUGGAAAGAACAAUGUAACCGUGCACCCGCACGACUGUCCGGAACCUCUCCGGGGAUAUCUGUCGCUUCAUCAUGAACCAUCCGCCGCCGGACUGGUCUUGAAAUGGACUCCAAACCAAUUGAUGAGCGGGAGCAAUGACUCCACGACCUCGGUGACAAACCAGGCCGAAGGCACACCGCACUCGAUUUAUUGGGAGCAUGCCAUCAAGGUCAAGCUCUCAGAAGUCGUAUAUCUGCACUGCCAUCAGAAGGCUGAUCAAGGCGGAAGCCUCGUCCUCGUCGGCCAGGAUGGAGUCCAGAGGUCACCAAUAAUUUUCCCCAACGGAGAUUCUCAUCUGAUCCAGUUCUUGACAUGCCUUGAAGGCGCUUUACUGCCGCACAGCCGACUAGACCCUCCACUCUGCAUACCGGCCAGCCAAAGCGGAGGAUCCGUCCAACCAAAGCUGAAACGCCAAAGCAUUUGUUCGAAUCGAGACCAGGACCUCGUAUUCAGAGUGAUUCACGCAGGGCACAAAUCAUCGCUUAUCACUCAACAAGCUAGCGGGAGCACUUCCGGCGAAUCUGUAGAAGAGAGCGAGUCCGACAAUCUGCUCAACGGGAAGAAGAAGUGCAUUGAGCGCCCGGAUACGAAGGAUUUCUCUAAAAACGGAGGCGAAACGCUCGAGGCUUUGUGUUCCACCAUGAGAAAGCAAAUCCUCAGCAGAGCUUUCUAUGGAUGGCUUGCUCACUGUCGGCACCUGCGCACAGUGCGAACCCACCUUUCUGGAUUAGUUCAUCACAAUAUCGUUCCGAGUACUGAGGAGAAAUUGACACCUGAGCGAUGGGAUCAGCUGGUGAAUAAUGACGGCUCAAUCCGAGAUCCACAAGAAGUUUUCCGUCUCGUGUACUUCGGAGGCCUCGAACCCAAUCUCCGGAAAAAAGUUUGGCCUUACCUUCUGGGUCACUACAAGAUGAGCUACACAUAUCAGCAGUGCAAGGAAAAAGAUGAUAAAACACACGACUCGUUCGAGUCUACGAUGUCCGAAUGGCUCGCUGCUGAAGCGAUUGUUCGUCAACGAGACAAGGAGACCGCUGCAGCCCUGAGACUGUCUUCCGGAGGAUCGACGACCCAAUGUUCGGAAAUAUCGCUUGCGAUCCAGAUGAGGAGUGAUAAUAAUGACGUAUUCGACGACGAGACAGGAACCGAAACUACCCUCGUAGAUCAGCCCGCGGAAACCGUCGUAGUAAGCGGAGAGAACAAUACGAGCAAACUUUCCUAUUCGGAGGAGGAAUAUUUUUGUCAAGAAGAUAUGCAUCACCUUCCGAAUUCGCUUUCUCACAAUGAGCUAAUGGUUGAAGCUCGGAGCGAAUGCCCAUCACCCGCCUCUUCUUCUGGAGCUGCGUUUACUUCCGACCUUCUCGAUCUGUUCGGAUUGAAUAUGCAUCGAAUCGAUAAAGACGUGCGUCGUUGCGACCGGAAUAUCGAUUACUUCGUCAGCAAUGACAACCUCGAUAAGCUGCGGAACGUCAUGUGCACCUACGUCUGGGAGCAUUUGGACGUAGGCUACGUUCAGGGAAUGUGCGAUCUAGCCGCACCUCUUCUCGUCAUAUUUGACGAUGAGGUCAUGUGUUAUUCGUGUUUCCGCGAACUCAUGAAACGGAUGGCUUCGAACUUCCCGCAGGGUAACGCCAUGGAUCAACACUUCGCCAACAUGCGUUCUCUAAUCCAAAUUCUAGAUGGCGAAAUAUUCGCUCUGAUGCAAAAAAACGGAGAUUACACGCAUUUCUAUUUUUGUUAUCGCUGGUUCCUACUCGACUUCAAACGGGAGCUGGUCUACGAUGACGUCUUCAAGGUGUGGGAGACGAUCUGGGCCGCUCAACACGUCGCGAGCUCUUCGUUCGUCCUCUUCGUUGCCCUGGGAAUGGUGAAAUAUUAUCGCGAGAUCAUCAUCGAUAAUCGGAUGGAUUUCACAGAUAUCAUACGGUUUUUCAACGAAAUGGCUGAGCGCCACGAUGUCGAUGCGGUUCUCUGCACGGCGCGACGUCUCGUGCUUGAAAUUCAGAGCCUCAUUGACACCUCGAAGUGA